GAAAGACUCAAGUAGUAUGGAACAAGACUUGUUCACCACCAAGAUAAGAGCACUGGUGGGCUCGAUUCUUUUCAUUACUUGGUAUCUUCAUAAGACUGAAGGGUUUCCUCGUUUGAUCUCUACAACUGAGCGUAAACCUGGUGAUAAUGUCACCUUCUCUUGUCAGUCGUCGAAGGACCACAGGUUCACUCAGUGGUAUAAACUUCUCCUGGAAUGAUGGUCCAAACAAUGGCUUCAGCAGUUUAUGAUAGAGUCAAUCCGACUGAGCCUUUUGAUAACACACGUUUUCAUUUUCUCAGAAAAAAUGAUAAGUUAUCUCUAACCAUCUCUGCAAUUACCAAAGAAGAUGAAGCCACAUACUUUUGUCAAAGUGGAACCGAAUUUGUACAAACGUUUAUUAAAGGAUUCCUCUUGGUUGUAAAUGACUGUAAUCAACAGGAAACUGUUUAUGUGGAACAAAAUCCAGACAAUGCAUCGGCAAAACCCGGAGACACCUUGAUUCUCCAGUGCUCUCUUUUUUCCAUGGGUAAUGAAACAAGACCCCAGUGUCCAAAAAAUAACUUUGUUCACUGGUUCAAAGCUGAAUCAGGAAGCUCUCAUCCAAGUAUCCUUUACACUGCAAGUAACAGCACUGAUUAUGCAGAGAAGAGAAGUUGUGUCUAUCACCUCUCAAAAACACUUAAAGACUCUUUGGAUUUUGGAACUUACUACUGUGCUGUGGCUCUCUGUGGAGAAAUACUGUUAGGUGGUGGAAGUACACUGGAAAAAAAGCCAGACUUGCCUGUGCUUUUACUUGGAGGACUGUUGCUUUGCUGUGUUACAGUGAUGGUCUGCCUUAUCAUCUACAUACUUUGGAGGAGAGUUUCUGAAAAGUCAACAGGGAAAAAUGCCUCACCUAAUGCCAGUAAUGGCGGCUCAACUCCGGAUAAUUCAAAAGACUUGGAUAAAGAAGAUGCAAACUAUGCAGCAGUACUGGAAUUCUCUGCAACAAACAAGAGACAGAGGAAGACAAAGAAAGAGUACACAGAAUGUGUGUAUUCUAUUGUUAGAGCAGAUUCUUGAAAAGAGCAGCAGCUCUAGUUACAUUCUCAGUGUUUUAAUGAUACAGAAAUUUCAGGGCCAGGAGAUGUUCAGAAGUUCUACUCUUCCUGGUUAAUGUUAAAUUCUACACGAAUUAUGGUACAGUUCUUUACUGUUUUAAUUGUGUUUAUCUACAUUAGCUGAAGGUGACCUUUCUGCAAAAAUUGUAAAGCUU